GCCCGACCUUCCCCCUCCCCAAACCGGACUCCGUAGCUACUCGUGCCCCGAGGAGCCCACCCCUCCAAGAAAAAAAAAAAAACACAAAACAAACAAACAAAAAAAAACAACACUACUCCUAAUUUCACCGGAAGGAUGAAAAAAACUUGCGUGGAGUAAAACACACAGAAGUAGCAGUAUCGGAGAAGUUGUUUUUUUUUUUUUUUUUUUUUUUGUGUUCCUCCUUUCUCCCCCUGGUUUUUUCGCCCCGCGGUGGGGCAGAACAGGACAGGCAGGCAGGCCGGGGGAACAGGAGUCCGUAGGAUGUGGAUCUGGUACCUUCUGCUUGGUUCGGGGUCAGGCUCAACAACUGUAGAGAGCCAGCUGCUUCCAGGGAAUAACUUCACCACAGAGUGCAACAUCCCUGGGAAUUUCAUGUGUGGAGAUGGGAAGUGUGUCCCAGGUGGCUGGCAGUGUGACGGAUUGCCCGACUGCUUUGAUAAGAGCGACGAGAAAGGCUGUCCCAAGGUCAAGUCAAAAUGCGCUCCCACUUUCUUCGCCUGCGCUAAUGGCGUCCAUUGCAUCAUCGGACGCUUCCGCUGUAAUGGCUUCAGUGACUGUCCUGACGGGAGUGACGAAGAGAACUGCACAGGCAAUCCCCUGGUGUGCUCAGAGGCUCGUUUCAAGUGUCGAAAUGGCCGUUGUGUAGACCGGAGCUUCUUGUGUAACGGCCAAGACAACUGUCAGGAUAACAGCGACGAGGAGCUCUGCCUGACGACAGCAGAAGCCCCGGGGCAGGACUUCGUAACACUGGACUAUCGUCUGCGGUACUACCCCAGCAUCACGUACGCUGUCAUCGGUAGCGCUGUUAUCUUCGUCCUGGUCGUGGCAUUGCUAGCGUUGGUGCUCCACCACCAAAGGAAGCGGAGUGUCCUGUUACCCAGAGGCGUUAGAGGGGGCUCGCAUCACCACCAUCAGCCCCUUCUGCUUUCACGUCUGGUGAUUUUGGACCGAGGCGUCCACGCUGCAGGUCCAGGUCUGUCCCCGAGCUCCCCUACAACAGCGGCCCAAUACAGCUCAAGUCCUCAGGCACUGCAGCUGCUGUCUGGAACGCUAUAUCCAUCUGGGCUGUCUAUGGACUCACCUCCAUCAUACUCACAAGCUGUUCUGGAUGUCAGUCGGCCUCCCUGGUUUGAUCUCCCACCUCCACCUUACCUACCGAACGGGGAGGUUCCAUCAGACGGUGAGCUGCCUCAGUACGAGGCUCCGCAGGACCCUUUGAGCCCCCCUACAGCGCAUCCCUCUGAACGCUCCACACCCAGAACUGUGGCCUCAGGUGCACAGCCUAGUCUGAGCUCCAGAGAAGAGUCCAACCAGCUGUAGAUAUUCUCUAGUGGACUGUUAAUAGUAUGAGAAUGCUGGAUUGAAAGACCUGCAAGACUGCACGGAGUCAGGACAGUUCACGGCAUCGAAUUGCUGACAAGAAUCAAUAGAGACUGAACCGUGUUUUGAACUUCUCGUGUAGCUUUGGACUUUUUUUUUUUUUUUUUUUUUGAAGCACUGGACUGAGCGGAGCUCUUUCUGCUAGGCUGAUCCUGUAUGCUGGCUCCCCCUUCUGGAUUCAAGGCUACAUUACACUUUAAUCAGUCAUAAUCAUUUAUCAUCUUUUC